AUGAACGGAAAUCCGUGGUCGGCUGUCACGGCCGGGGUCAGUUCGGGACUGACUUUCGUCUUCAAAAUCUGCGAGGUCACCUACGCGCUGAGGGCUGUCGACCAACAGACCCGAGAAUACCUCAUUACAGCACAGCACGCCUGGACCAACAUCAAAACCUGCCGUGAACUGCUGAGCCACCAGCAAGAUCUGCUGCCGUUGUCGGAGCGCAAGGACUAUGAACGAGUGAUGGAGGAAACGAAGAGGGCGGCGGAGGAGGUCGCUCUGCUCCUCGAGCCCGCGCGGGUCGACCUGGACGCGGAUUGUAGAAUCCACUUCUCGACCCGGGUCAUGUGGGUGCUGAGUGACAAUUCAAACGUCUCAGCGGCGCUCAAACGGUUGGACAUCGUCCACACCACACUGACACAAAAUAUCUCUACGCUCAGGCUUCUGAGAUCCUGUGGCACCACCGUGCUCGAGCCCGUGCGCACCAGAGAACGGCCUCCGAGCUACAACACCAGCCAGCUGCUUCAAUGGAAGUACAUGAGCAGGCUGUCUCCCAAGCACAGCACGGAAAACUUAUGUACGCGAAGGUCUGAUCUGAGAGAUUCAAGGCCGCCCGAGACAGCACCAGCCAUCAAAGAGCUUCCUCCAGAGAUGCCCGCUGACGUUCCAGCGCAGUUCAUCCGCAAUGUCUCGGGCCAGUGGAGUCCAUCAAGUGAGCUGUCUCCGAACCCUGUUCGCAGCGAAACGUCUACACUAGUAGAAGUCCCGUGCGGCGAUGGACCAGCCGCAGUCAUAAGACCAACAGCGGCAGCGACGGGGUCGACGCACGGGUCAACCAAUGCCACUGUCGAGGACGUGCCCCGGACAUGGUUAGAGCACCAGGCAAUGAAGUCAAGAGAUUAA